AUGUCGCGGGGCGUGCGUCGUCGGCUCAACAUUGGGAGGUAUUUGAGGUUAUUAAUAGGGAUUUUUGCGAAACUUGGUAUCUGGCCGUUGGACUGGCGAGCUGUCGCCGAAGGACUUAAGCUUACAGGCACUACUGAGGCUGCUCAGGGCCAGCAGACUCAGAGCCAGAUUCAGACUCGGGCGGGCAAGCUUUGA